AUGGGAGCGACGCUAUCCAAAUUGUGGUCCUCGAUGAGGGCCGCCGUGACGGGCGCUUCGGGAAAGAACAACAAUACACUACAACAUCAACAAGCCAGCAGCCAACAAAAGGCCGAAGAGAGCGACACUCCUACAUCAAACCAGGCCCCAGAGACUUUUGCAGCAAUGUCUGGAAUCAAGAAGUAUGAGAUUACAGAGCCAUGGCUCAAGACAUACUACUCCCUAGGCGAAGGCCCCUUCUGGGAAGAGGAAACAAACACAAUUCGCUUCAUGGACAUUGAAAAGAAGAAGCUACUCCGCGUGGAUGUGGCCAAAGGCCCUUCCAGCCUGACUACUGUCAAGGACUACGACAUAUGUGUAUGCGCUACCGCAGACAUUGAAGGCAACGACUCCGAGUUCAUCUUCGGCGGCAAAUACGGCUACGGCAUCGCCAACAAGCAAACCGGCGAAUACCGAUGGGUUAAGAAAGUCUGGUCUGAGGAUGAAAUCUCAGCUAACAAGCACGAGAACUUCCGCGGCAAUGAUGGCGCUGUCGACUCUGCAGGCCGCUUCUGGUGCGGCUUCAUGUUCGACCCCAUGGUGUCUGAGUGGCGCGAGGACGGCGCCGUGUUCCGGUUAAACCCCGAUGGCAGUCUCGAUCGCCCAAUGAGCAACAUCGUGAUCCCCAACGGGACGACGUGGAACAAGAAGGACGAUACCAUGUACUUUGCCGACAGCCCUACGAAAACUAUCUGGCAGUUCGUCUUUGACCCCAAGACAGGCGAGAUUAGCAACAAGCGUCCGUACUUCACCAUGCCAGAGGAUGAGCGCUACGGAAAGGGUGCUGUGCCGGAUGGUCACUGCCUUGAUGAGGAGGGCUACAUGUGGACUGCUCUUCACGGCGGAUGGCAUGUACUGAGAAUCUCGCCGCAAGGUGAGGUUGUGGCGGAGAUCAAGGUGCCUACCAGCCAACCUACGUGCCCUUGCUUUGUUGGCGAAGAGCUAUUCAUUACUAGCUCUGGCGGUACAAGCGGAGAGAAUGGAGGACCGGUUGAUGAGCAUGCAGGCAGUUGUUUCAAGAUCAAUGUUGGUGUGCGGGGGUUGAAAAGGUUCAAGUUCAAGGGUGGAGCGGCUGUUGAGGGCGGAAAGGAGAACGGGAAGGUUGUUGCAGAGUAG